AAGAAUUAUUUCUCCCUCUGUUAAAUUACAUGCACUUCAGAAGAAAGAAGAAAAAGAGUGAAACGCUGAGUGUCUGUCGCUAGUUCACUAAUAAUGGCUUCCUGUCUUUCUCAUUCACGCUCUCACUUUCAACUUAUUAUCAUUAUUAUUUCAUUCCUUUUCACUUGUGUUCUCGCUUCUCAGUGCAAGAAUCCUCCAGUCCUCUUCAACUUCGGCGAUUCUAACUCCGACACCGGUGGACUCGUCGCCGGUCUCGGUUUCCCCGUUAAUUUUCCUAAUGGCAGGUUGUUCUUUCGCCGAUCAACUGGCAGAUUGUCCGACGGUCGCCUUCUCAUCGACUUUCUCUGCCAGAGUUUGAAUACUAAUUUGCUAAGCCCAUAUCUGGACUCAUUAGGAGGGUCUAAGUUCACCAACGGUGCAAAUUUUGCGGUUGUGGGUUCUUCUACUCUCCCAAAGUAUGUUCCUUUUUCAUUGAACAUUCAAAUUAUGCAGUUCCUUCAUUUCAAAGCUCGUGCCCUUGAAGCUGUCAAUGCUGGUUCAGGAAAUAUGAUCAGCGAUGAAGGGUUCAGGAAUGCUCUUUACAUGAUUGACAUUGGGCAAAAUGACCUUGCUGAUUCCUUCUCUAAAAACCUAUCCUAUGCGCAAGUGACCAAAAGGAUUCCAUCCGUUGUUCAAGAAAUAGAAAUUGCUGUAAAGACUUUAUACGAUCAAGGAGGCAGGAAAUUCUGGAUACAUAAUACUGGACCCUUAGGUUGUCUCCCUCAAAAACUUACAUUAGUUCAGAAGGAGGAGUUGGAUUCACAUGGAUGCAUUUCGAGCUACAAUAAUGCUGCAAGACUGUUCAAUGAAGCAUUGCGUAGGAGAUGCCAAAAGAUGAGGUCUCAAUUGGCAGGUGCCACUAUAGCGUACGUAGAUAUGUAUUCUAUCAAGUACGAUCUUAUUGCCAACUCCUCCAAAUACGGUUUCUCAAGACCACUAAUGGCCUGCUGUGGCAAUGGAGGACCUCCAUACAAUUACAACAUUAAGGUAACAUGUGGUCAGCCUGGCUAUCAGGUUUGUGAUGAAGGAUCUCCAUUUUUGAGCUGGGAUGGAAUCCAUUACACUGAAGCAGCUAAUGGCAUCAUAGCCUCUAAAUUACUUUCCACAGCUUAUUCUUUCCCCCGUACCACUUUUGAUUUCUUUUGUCACAAUUGAUUGUUUGUAGUUUGCAAUAAGUCCGCUUUCUUUUAUGGAAAUCUACUGAACUCUGUAGCUCUGCUUCCAAAACUGUACCCAUAACUGUGCAAUAGGCCCCUUUGUUGCCAUUGUUGUGUGGUUCCUUACCUGCAAUUUGUAAGGUAUUAUAGUAACUUGCUUCUUGCUUUUUAUAUUCUUUAAAAAAAAAUAAAAAUUGCUUCUUGCAUUUA